AUGGCAGAACUCAAAAUACCAGCCCCUCCCCACGAUGAGCACGUGAGUUUUGUCGAUGACGAUCUCGCAGUGUCCCAGACCAGGAGGAUGCCGGAGGCGACCACCAGAGAUACCCCGUUGAGAAGAAGACUGAAGAUGUGCCCAGACGAGGAUCCUACGGCUGGCACCUGGGCUCCAGCUGGACAAUUGAUUGAGAACGACGAUUCUCAGAACAGCAAAGACGAUACCGGAGGGAACAUCUACGAAACUCUCCUCGGUCGGAUUCAGUCCACACUGCAACAACUCCACGACCAGCAUGACCAAGAGGAGACGACAAAACCAAGUGCGAACCCGACCUCCAGUCGUUCCACCACCGACACCCAUCUCGACAACCUUUCAAGUUCUUCCAUUCCUCCCACCAACGAGCAGCCUCCUACGCCACGUUCCAAAACCUUCACCAGGCCGUCGUCCUCAUCUACCACCAAGCGCAAGGGAUCCAAGAGCAAGCAAUCAGGUGCCUCCAUGAAGAUAUUCGCUGUCAAGGGAACGAAGGCAGAGCGUCUUCAAGAGUGCAUGGAAUACUUUCCGAAGCCCCCUUCGCCGAUGCCGAGUCCUCCCGCUUCUCCGGGCUCUGGUGGGAACUGUUGA